UUAUUUAUUUCUCCCGUUCGUUGGUUCUUCUCCCUUCCCGCCACAACCGAACGUUUUGCGAUAGCCACCAACUACGAAAUACCACCACCACCAACAACAACAACAACAAACCACGCUUGCACAAACCUUGCCUUUUCCGUGCUAACGACACCAAACCAAUUCCUGCCACCAUGGAUUCGUCUCCUUCUUCCGCAUCCCCUCACACAGAAACCGGCCCCGCCGACGCUCCCGACAGAAGGUCGAGCGAACCACGGGAAACGAUUUCGGCGCGAGACACCGUCCUGGAGAGCAGCGACGAGCUCCGCCGGGCGAGUGCCACUGCCGCUGCGCCCCCACCGGAAAACGACAACAGCGCCUCCGCAUCCUCGCCAUCGAAUUGCGGGAACAAUUCUUCCUCGUCGCACCGGCGGAGACGGAGGAGAGAGCAAGAAAACCGAGGGCGGCUGCUGCAGUCGCAGUUCCGGCAGCAGCAGCAACAGCAACAAGAGCAGCAGGAGCAAGAGGAACAGCACGACGCACUUCAGCCCCCACAACAGCCCGACGAGCCGGCUUCUCCCGCGCCGGCUCCCAAAAAGUCCCUCUUUUUCCUCCGCCCCGUUCACAGGUAUGCCGACCUGGUGUGCAUCGCCCUCUCGGUCUUUGCCUACCUCCUGGAGACCACCCUGAACGCCGCCUUGGCGAUCUUUGGCAUUGGCGUCGGCGUCGGCCUGGUCCUGGGCGAUUCCUUCCGGGCGGCCCUCCCCCUGCUCCCGUCGGUGCAGUCGGUGCAGGGCGCCGGCGCGGCGGCACCGGCGGCACCCCAGGGCGCCGGCCAAGGGGAUUCCCAGGUGUUUCGUCCGAGGGACGUUUCCGACCUUCUCCCGGCCCAGUAAGAAAGGGAAGGAAGGAAGGAACGGAUCCGAAACGGAGCUGUUCUUCGCCAGAGAAAUAUGUGCGCCUACGGAAAAGCAGAACGAUGCACAUGCCCAAUCCAUGCCUUGGUUGAGGAGGAACGAACGCAGCUCCCGUUGCUACGGUAAGAGUUGACCAGGACCGAUGUCACCGCUGCUUCAUCCGAGGCCUUUGGAUGGGCAACAGGGAUGGCGGCCUGCCUUUUCGAUAAAACCCUGAUACCGGGACUAACGGAGAAACUGGCACGAUGAAAUCGUGAUGUGCUGGGCUGUAAAAUACAGUACCAAAAGAUGCACAUUGCAUCGUUCCAAAGGUUGUUGUUCCAUUCGUCCUUUGUCACGCAAAACACAACAAAUACAUUGCAGGGCCAUUGGGAUCGAAAGCAUCGGGUAGUACAUUCUUUGAACAAUUCGCACCAGAACUGUAACACGUAACAUGUAAUCUACGUACGCUAUAAGUGUGUUAGACAAGAAUCAAUUGAAACCUGCCUAAAUACCACGCCACAAAUGAUACUAUCGAUAUUUUGCCAUUUCAUCACACACGUUUCGGAGGUUUUGAAACUGACCUAAAGACAUGGUGCUACAACACAAAUGGAUUACGGGAUAUAUCGUGUGGACUGCUUGGGGGUUAUGAUUCGUGUAUGUACUAUGUAUGAGUUUCUUUAAAAAAAUCUUGCAGUGUUCCGCAAGCUCUAUUUUUCUUUCGUCCCCCGCCAUUGCAUCGUUUGGUUUUCGACGACGCUGUCAAUCGUUUUUGGUGUUCGAGUGAUCGGGCAGGACGCUAUAAAUCACCUCGGCGGUUUCCUUCUUGAGGGUCUCGACGUCCUUGCCCUUGGACGUGAUUGAUUCGUGGACGGUCAGCACCACCGGAUCUGCCUUGGCAAAGGGGUACAUGGAAUUCCAGGCGGUUAGGGGGAUCUCGAUGCUCACGGGCACCAGGACGCUGUCGUUGUUGGUCGCCACCUUGAAGGCACCGUCCUUGAAGGGUAGCCGCUCCCCCAUCCGCCGGGUUCCCUGCGGAAAGAAGAACAUGGGGACGCCCUCCCGGAUGGAGGCGUCCGAUUUCGCAUAGAGAUUCCGGGCCCCCGUAAUCGAAUCCCCGCUGCCGCCGCUUUCUUUUCUUCUCUUGGUGUUGCGGUCGAUCCAGAUGUGGUCGCCCAGGUAGGUGAUCUGGCCGACCCCGGGGAGGUACAUGAUCGAGGACUUCAUGAUCCAACGCCAGUGGCGCUCCAAGAAGUAGACGGCCGCCGUGUCGAUCUGGGAGCAGUGGUUGGCCACAAAGACGGGCGCGGGGGAACCGGGGGAAUUGGAAGGGAGGUGCUCGGCCCCCUUCACCACCACGGGGCCGACAAAGAGCGAGCAGACCAGGACAGCGCACUUUCGCUCUACCACCUUGUGGGCUAACUCCCGUGUGUGCUUCAGGUCGAGCCAGUGGCCGGUGGCCGCGGCCUCGAUGAGCACCAGGAUGGUUCCUACGAAGCAGACCGUCAUCCACACCACGUUCAGCAGAAAGACCUUGACCAUGCCAAAGGCCGUCAGCGACGGAACCGACGGGUGGAGCCAGAUCUUGCGUUCCUGGUAGACMGCAACGAUCGCGGUGAGCCAAAUGAAGGACUCGAGGAAGAGGAAAGUGCUUGCCAAAAAGGGAAAGAAGAGCAGGCACCCCGCACACACCAGUGCUCCGCGCAGCCACAUCGCACUCAUUGAUUCCGUUCGAGCUGGCUUCCCGUCUAUGGAUUGGUGUUCGUUUUACGGCACCGUUGUAAAACCGGUGCGUACGAUUCUACCGUUUUCUAGCCGGUUUCCAAAGAUUUGAACCCACCAGAAUGAACUAUUGCGUGUUUA